UAAUUCGUUUGGAUCCACUACUAAGAAGAAGGACACAGAGAUUUGAAGCUGCAAGUGGUAUUCCGGAAAAUGAUAAUACACCUUUCAGGUGUAUUUUAAGCAACCUCAGUGGACGAUUAGUCCGAAUCUUAUUUUGGGCUCCCAGGAAACAGGAGUAUGAGGGAGCUGUUUUAAAACAAAUCGUCAGAAUUUCAAGGCCACAGGUCCUGCUUUCAAAUCCGUUGUACAUUUAAGCAGAAAUAAAGAAAACAAUUUAAUGGACAUCGAGAUUUCAAUUCAAAAACAUACAACAAUCGAGUUAUUGGGGUCAGUAAUUAUUGAAGAUGAGGAACUUGUCUACGAAGGAAUAACUUUUGUGGAUAUUGCCAAUUCUCUAGGAAAACUGGUUGCAAUCGAUGGGUAUGUUCGAACACCUAUUGAAAAAAUAGUUUCGAAUAAUUCGACCUACGGAAGUGGUGCAAUUACCGAUUCAUACUACCGUCUUCCCAUUCAUGUUCCAACAUUUGAUACCGAUGAGCCGAUACCAGCUGGAGCUUCAGUGAAAGUGCAAGGGCGACUCAGGAGCAACGAUUUUAAUACGAUCAUUUUGCAAGUUCCGAACAGAGAGAACAUAAAAGUAAUAAAUGUAAAGGGAUUAUCUUUGUAUGCCAUUCGGUUCGGCUACCACAAAAUUUUAUUAAAGGAAAAGGACAAUAUUAGUAUAAACAACAACAACAAACCUGAAGCCAUUCCUCCUCCUUUGGCCACUUGCAAUGGAGAAAGUUCCAAAACUGGCGAAAAAAAAUUAUCUCCUGCUGAAAAAUCAUCCUUAAAUUCGAACCGGCGAAAAUAUUCAGAUGUGGUUAAAAACACGAUUAUCUCGAAGAUUUCAAGAAUGGACGAUGACAGUAACAAAGCGCAGAGUCAGGAUCAGAAAAAGAAUACUUCAGACGAAAGCAACAUAACCUUUAAAGUGCUAUGCCGGUCUGGCAGACCGCUAUUAAAAUUUUCUUUGCUUGUAACUUUUUUUCAAAGUAUAAUAAGAACUUAAACUUUUUAGUAGCUUCAUAUUUUAUGAAAAUCUGUUAGGAGACAACUUUUUCAAAAAUUUUUAUUAUUUAAAUUUUGUAAUAUAAAUAAAUAUUUAAAGUAUAGCGGUCUGUGAGACCGGGUUAGCUUUAAGUGAAAGUAUAUUCCAGUAUAUUCCCAUGAGUUACGUCUGCGCAACUUGACGCGCAGCUAGUUCUACUGACAGUUCUCAUAGACUGCAUUUAUAAAAUAAAUAAAAUAAAUAAAUGCAUAAUACAGAAAUGACUUUUUUUGUUAAAAAGUAAAAAAUAUUUAUAAUAGUUGUCUUUUAAAAAUUAUAAAUGACUAAAAAACUGUCAAAAGGGAAUAGCGGUCUGACAGACCGGGGUUAGCACUGAGCGUGAUUUUUCAACACUUAGCACUUUAAAGGAUAAAUUUCGA